AUGUACAAGGCUGAGCCUAUGCUCCCCAGUGAUGUCUUCUCGUUGGACUGGGUGAAUCUUGACGAGAAAUCUGAAAGCUUUCCCUUAAGUUAUUAUCUUUAUUACUUAAUCAACCACGGGGAAGAUUGUAUUGUUAUUCCUUCUCUAGAAGAAAGAGUGACUUCUUUUGCAUAUAAGAGGGUCUCCUAUGCAUACAUGAUAGGAAAGUUAGAAGAGAAAGACAGAGUUAUAUGUAUACAUAUUUCAGCGGUUUCGGUUGCUCCUUCUUUCAGAAGAAAUUGCUUUGGAAAGCUAUGCAUGGACAUAGCUGAAGAGAGCGGUAAUGUUUAUAAUGCACAUUUUUCCGAUUUGUAUGUAAGGGAAGGAAAUAGAAUUGCAAUUGAAUUUUACAAAAAAUUAGGUUAUGUUGUUUAUAGAAAAGUAUUCGAUUACUAUAUCGAUGGGGGUGGCGAAGACGCGCUCGACAUGAGAAAGUCAUUAAAAGCAGAUAAGGGGAAAAUAUACAUGGCGAGAGGUACAGACAUUCCAGCCUCGGAGUUAAAAUGA